AUGAAUUAUGCAGCUGAGACAUCACUUGGUGCUGUCACAAUAAGAGCUUUUAAGAUGGCGGACAGGUUCUUCCAAAACUACCUAAAGCUUGUGGACAAUGAUGCUGUACUUAGGGCCUGGGGAGAAGCCUUAAGCUGCAGAUUGGGGCUCGGGCCAUUUCACUACAAGCUCUUCCUCGGCUCGUCUAGUUUGGUCUUCGACAAACUAGAUUGUCUAGGAAUUUCUUUGAAAACUGGAGGAAGUCUGCGUAGAGUUUCUAUUGCGAAUGGACCAGUAUUCAGCCACGAGCUUCGAAAAGGAGGAGUUAGUUUCCAUAAGCUUUGA